AUGAAGAACAAGAAGAAGAUGAAGACGAAGACCGCAGACAAUGUGGCGCCUUCCCAAGAGGAGUCCGCAAAGAUAGGCGUCGGCUUCCUGGAUCUCUCCGCGGAACUGCGCAACUGUAUCUAUGAUCUCUGCCUCACCAUCCCAACGGAGGUGAUUAUAACACCCAGCACAUACCAUAACUCCCAGUGGGACGACGGAUGGAGUUUCUCUGCCGACUCGACGUCUUUUCGCGCACGCGCAGAAAAGCACCUUCUCUCGCCUAAUCUGCUCGCAUCUUGCAAGGUCAUUCACAACGAAGCGACAGCAAUCCWCUACGGCUCAAACAAAUUCAAGCUCUCCAAAUUCUACGGUCAUGGGGGGCUUCCACCCUGGGCGGAGACUAUUGGCGAUUCUGUGAAGCUCCUUCGCAUCGUCCACGUUGAAGGGGCCGCGAACAAAGCCGUUCUCUGUGGUGUAUUCAAGAGCCUCAAAUCGGCGAGUGCCUUGGAGACUUUGACUGUCGACAGUUGGUGCAGGAACAACCUCACCAUGCCACACACUAUGGCAAACGGCCUGUACCCUUUGCUACUGCACCUCCAUCGGAAUCGAAAGUCGACGGAUAAAAAGGCGGCUCUCGAUGUACUGGAACUCUAUUGGGUGGACGAACCGUUUGCGACGGCAGUGCGUGAUGCUCUCAAGGCCAGGUUGAAGUGCUGA